AUUGUGAAGCGCGAAGGAGACGCAAUGUGAGGUCGUGUUUGCUUUAUGUCUAUGGGUCUUUCAGUGAUAUAAUUUAUACAAACUCAUAAUAUAAUCAUGCCUAUGAAAGGCAGAUUUCCCAUACGGCGGACGCUGGAGUAUCUUCAGAAAGGAGAAGUCGUCUUUAACAACUCGGUGAAGAUUAUGACUGUCAAUUAUAACACGCAUGGAGAUCUGAGCGAAGGAGCAAGGAAGUUUGUGCUCUUCAACAUCCCACAAAUCCAGUACAAAAAUCCCUGGGUUCAAAUAAUGAUGUUUAAAAACAUGACUCCCUCUCCCUUCCUCAGAUUCUAUCUCGAUGAUGGUGAACAAGUGCGGAUGGAUGUCGAAGGAAAGGACUACAAAGAAAUCACACAGCAUGUGAAAAAGAUUCUGGGCAAGUCAGAUAAAGUCCUCGAGGCCGAAGCUUUGGCUAAAAUGGAGUUGUCAAACCCUGCUAACUUUGGGCCCAAGAAAUACUUUCUGCGGGAGUGUAUGAGCGAGGUAGAGGGGCAGGUUCCUCAUCCGCGUUUCGUGCCUCUUCCCAAAGAGAUGACCGGCAAAUACAGAGCCAAAUUGGCUGCUGGCACAGACGAUUAAGAACAGUUUGAGAAGACCUCAAGUCAUAUAUGUUUUUUUUCUGUAGCAUGACGUUCUAAUUUAAAUGAUGCCGUUACCUAGUUUUUUUUACUGUAACUGUCAAUUUCUGUAGUAAGAGAUUUUUCCAAAAAUCACAAAACCCCAUGAAGUUUGUGUGUUACUAGCAGAAAUGUAAAUAAAUGUACAACAUUU